AUGAUCUCAGCGCAGACGAAGGAUCGCGCGCAGGAGCUCAUGACUAGUUUGACAUCGGACGUGAGUUUCCUCAGUACGAUGCAAGAGACGACUUCAACUUUACCGACGGCAAGUUUCCUGGAGAACGACACGAGAUGCGGAGAGCAGAUUUUCAGUUACGGACACGUUGAGAAAGUGCUCAUCGGAGGGGCUCUUACUUUGCUUACUUUUCUAACCAUUUGCGGAAAUUUGCUGGUGGUCAUAUCGGUGUGUUUUGUCAAGAAACUGAAGCAACCUUCCAAUUAUUUGAUCGUUUCUCUGGCCGUUGCGGACCUUUCGGUGGCGGUGGUCGUGAUGCCGCUUGUCAGCAUCACUGACCUCAUAGGUGGACAGUGGAUCUUUGGGAGGCUUUUUUGCAACGUUUUUAUCGCCAUGGACGUGAUGUGUUGCACAGCUUCGAUAAUGACACUUUGUGUAAUAAGUAUAGAUAGGUACCUGGGCAUCACUAAGCCACUGACGUAUCCUGUGAGACAGAGCGGAAAGUGCAUGGCCAAAAUAGUGCUGUCUGUAUGGCUUGUCUCCGCUUCCAUCACCCUACCCCCACUAUUCGGAUGGGCUCAGAAUGUCAAUGAUGAUAAGGUGUGUUUGAUCAGCCAGGACCUGGGUUACACAAUAUACUCCACAGCCGUGGCCUUCUACAUCCCCAUGUCCGUCAUGCUCAUUAUGUACUACCGGAUAUACAGCGUGGCAAAGGUGAGUGCUGCCAAGCACACUUUCGCCAGCUUUCCUAAAAAUGACGACAAGGACAGCGUCAACUGCGUGACGGCGGCCCUGAAGCUGCAGAGGGAAGUGGAGGAAUGCGUGAGCUUUUCUCGCCUUCUGAAAAACGAUCGUAAAAACAUCUCAAUUUUCAAAAGGGAGCAGAAGGCAGCGGCCACUCUUGGGAUCGUCGUGGGGGCUUUUGCCGUGUGCUGGCUGCCCUUCUUUUUACUCUCCACCGCACGCCCGUUCAUCUGCGGGGUGCAGUGCAGCUGCGUACCUUUGUGGGUGGAGAGGACGCUGUUGUGGUUGGGCUACGCCAACUCUCUUAUCAACCCCUUCAUCUAUGCAUUUUUCAACAGAGACCUCAGGACGACCUACCACAACCUUAUUCGCUGCCGUUAUCGAAACAUCAACCGGAAGCUCUCUGCGGCCAGCAUGCACGAGGCUUUGAAACUGGCAGAGAGACCUGACCUGGUGAUGUAGGCUGAUCUCUUCGUGUUUCUCCAGGGACAAGGAGAAAUGGGACUGAUAUAAUUACAUUUAGCCUGAGAGACUGUUUUCGCUGAGACAUUUUUGAUGAAUUCUUUAUGGCACUCACAGAGGUGCUUUCCAGUCACUUCAAUUAAGCAAAAUUUCAAGGGUUGUAAAGCUUCACAGAAUGUUUUCUAAACGCUUUAUAAAUUAGAUCUUAUUGCUGUACAGUGCUCUUUAUGAAAGAGAGAAAAGGAAUUACAGUAAAUGAGAGCUAAAUGUUCAAGUAUUUGUAUUUCUUCUAGUGUAUAUUUUGUUGGGAAUUUAUGUGAUGUUUAUAUAAUAUAUGUAACAUGUCCCUUGUUUUGGGAAUAACCCAUGGCAGUAUUCAAUGUCAUAACUAACUUAUAAGGACAGAGAACCAACAAUUAGAGAUGACUUUCUUUCUUCUGCAGAACACAGAAGAAGAUAUUUUGAAGAAUUUUGGUAACCGAUUAACUCUACC